UAUAUCGUCAAGUAUUAUUACAGCAAAAAUUUGGUCUCGUUUUUGCAAACACUUCGUGAAGGCAACAUAUCACAUAUAUUUUCAAACAAAGGAGAUAUUUUAACAUUGGUAUUCGAAGCAGUAUUGGACGAAAAUAAGUCUAUUCUUAAGGAAGAGUUUUUGCAAGACGUUUUACGUUUAGUCGAAGCUUGUUUUACCAAGGCUGAAAUGGAAAAAACUCGACAGAAGAAAGCAGUAAUUUUGGAGAGGGAAUUUGGUAUGACAAGGUUCAGCAGUUUUUACCAUUACGCAAUCAAACAGUCAUGGGGAAAACUUAUUGGUUAUGAUGUCUUAAGCGAGAACACUAAUUUUCAUCAAGCAUCAGAGCAAUUAUUGCAGCAAAUUCUGCAGCACUUUUGGUCUUUGAAUAGUGGGAUGGCGUUUACUAUUGUGGAAAGCAUUUAUGAUGGAGAAAGUCAAAGUGGCACUGGAGAAUCACUGAAAUAUUGUGAUGAAAGCGAUUUUGAUUCUAUUCGAGACCAUGGUGGUUGGGACAUUAAACGGACUAGGGAGAACAUUUUGAAGGGUGAAAGUGAUGUUCGAGCUAAAGAGUCGGUUGGUGGGUCAGAGGUUGUUCAUGGUGAUAAAGGAGAUGCAAUGAAGAUAAUUGCAACCAUGGGAGAGGAUGUGAAGCAACCGGAUGGAAAAUUUCGCUUUAUUAUCCACAAGAAUAUUAUUUCAUUUUUUUUGUUGUUCAUAAUCUUGCUGAAAGCCUGA